AUGACGAUUGAACCAAAUACAUGGACUACGAAAGAGGGUGAUUCAGUCGCUAAAAGAGAGCAGCUACCUCUCAUACUGGCAUGGGCUUCAAGCAUUCACAAGUGUCAGGGUAUGACUCUUGACCGCCUUCACACCGAUCUCUCCAGAGCUUUCGAAAAUGGAAUGGUUUAUGUAGCUCUUUCCAGAGUGAGAAGCUUGGAAGGCCUGUAUUUAUCUGGUUUCGACCCCUCGAAGAUUAAGGUGCACCCUAAGGUUGUGCAGUUUUAUAACAAAUUUACUAGUGAACAAGAUAAGGAGGGUGAGGAUGAUAAUGGCAGCCAGAACAAAAAUGGCAGCAAUGAUAACGGCAGCCAGGAAAUUGAUGGCAGAAAAUACGUGCGGGUUUACUUGAAAUAA